ACCUAUGCUAGCUAUCUACAUGCUCUUCUAAUAUAUCAUUCUGACCCCAUUAUACCAAAGUUUGUCUGCCUUAUUUGACUUCUAUUAUCGCUAAUCAGAAAAAAGCCAUCUAAAAUAUAUCAUGUUAUAGAAAAAGAAAUCUAUGUCCAAAUGUGGAUGUGAAAAAGAAAAGGGUGAAAUUUUUUCUCAAGUAUUACCCUGGUUGGACUUUAAGAUCCACAAAGCAUUUCAGAUAUAAAGGUGUUCCAGAAUUUUAUGAUGCUCAAAGAAUAUUACAGUAACAAAAGGUAGAAAAUUUUUUCCUGCAAAGAGGAAAAGUUAGAUUCUUUGAUUCCUACUUUUACAGCCUUUCAUCUAUUUUGAUCAAAAACUCCAUUUUUGAAGUAUCAAAUCAGAGUAAGAAAAGAAAGGAAGGAAACACAUGGAAAUCUUGAUCAAGAAAGUUCAUGUUUUAGUCUUUUUCCUUUCUUUGAACUUUUACAUAUCUCAAGAAGCACAAGCAGCUAUUGCAAAAAGCUACUGUGGUAAUAUAAGAAUUGAAGAGCCAUUUGUUUCUCAAAACUCAACACAUUCAUCUUUCUUGAAAAACAUGGUCUUUUGUAGAUCAGACAUUUUAUACUAUACAACUUCUGUUGGUCUUUUUCAAGUUUCUUCAAUUGAUUACAAAAAUAAACUACUUACUGUUUCUCAUACUUCUUGUUCUACUUCAUCUCAUUAUGUAUCUCCUAUAGAUUUAUCUUCUGGAUUUCCUCCUACCCCUAAGCCUAACUCAUUACUUCUAUUCAACUGCUUAUAUCCUAAGGGAAAUACAUCAACUUUUCAAAAUUGUCCUUACUUGAAAAAUGAGAAAGAUUCUUCUUUUUUCAAUUUAUGUAAAGAAGGUGGGUCUUCUUCUUGUUUGAUGGUUGAUGAUGUUCAAGAUUUGGGAAAUGAGUUUCAUCCUCAGGAUUUGAACUGUUCACAUUAUAGAAGAGUUUAUAAAAGCAAUUCUCUAGAUGAGAAACUUGAGUUAGGGACAAGGAUAUCUUGGGAUAUUGACCAUGUACCAAAUCCUUGUGAUGAGUGUAGAAAGCCUUAUGGUAAUUGUGGAGUUGGAUUGAGAUGUCUUUGCCAUGUAACCCAAUGUAAGGUAGAGGUUUCUGCUGGUCCAAUUCUGAAACAUAGUGGUAUUAUGCUCUUCUCUUUGCUUUGUUUAAUUGUUGUGAUGGAUGUUCUUGAAUGGUAGCCUUGGUGUAAUUGAUAAAGUUGUUGUCAUGUGACCUCCGGUUACGGGUUCGAGCCGCGGAAACAGCCUCUUGCAGAAAUGCAGGGUAAGGCUGCAUACAGUAGGCCCUUAUGAUCCGGCGCUUCCCCGAGCUGCCUUUUUUGGAUCUUCUUGAAGUGGUUUUAAGAUAAUUAAGCUCUUCCCUUUUGUGCAAAAACAAGAUGUAUUUAAUUUACUUUCAUUUCCAAAGAAUGAGAAUUUGUAAUGAAGAAUAUAUUUGAGGAUGUAUAUUGUACUAUGUGACAUUAUGCAAUCAUCUUGUACUAAAAAGUGUGAUGAAGAUUUCCUGGAUACUACUUUAUCAAUAUAUGUCUACUGAAAAUUACUAG